AUGGAUGCAAAAUUCGACAGGGUUUUUGACCUUAUCAAAGGGCAUCAAACUUUUGAAAAGGGUGCUGACAGCGAAGCUCCGGUUCAUCUUCCCGAUGCUGACAUACAUCAGCCAGCGGAUGACUACUUGGACCAUGGGGAUGACAUUCAAAUGGAGACGGAUACAGGCCAUGUAGAUUCAGCAAUUGGAGAUGUGCCAGAUAUUGGAGUCGGUCAUUGCAACGAGAGUGGGGAUACACUAAAAGCUUCGACUGAAGAGAUUAAUGACGGAGGUGAUCUUUCAGGAGAACCUAAGAGCUCAGCCCAGUUCCCUUGUGAUGUAUCACGGAAAGAUAAAGAUGAAGGAAACCAUGAAUCUGAUGCCACUCGACAAGAUGAUUCAUCGAACAAUAGUGAGGGCAUGAUAGCACAGGUCCUAGCUGAUAUAGCUGCCUCAGACAUAGCUACACAAUCAGUUAAAGAACAAGAUGCCGGGGAACACAUUGAUCAUAUUGUAUCUGAGAAGCCCUAUAUUGCAGUUACAGACGCAAAACCUCUAUCUCAGUGGUUGUUGCCCGACGAGUUUUUACCAAGCCAGACUCCUGGAAAACAAGUGAUUUUGCAUCCAUCAAUGUCUCGAGCCACUCGUCCCAGUAGAUACAAGAGUUCACCAUACAUGACAGAUUUUGGUUCAGCUUCAGGUAUGUAUUUUAUUCACAUUUAUUAACGUUUUUCACGUAUUUAUGUAAACAUAUGUUAUUUCUUCAUUAUGCAUUACACAGGAAGCAGUUCGUCGAAGAUCCAUGUGUCUAUUUUUUACAAAAAAUUUCCAUUUGAGCAAGAUCCCAUUACCGGUCCACUUGAUGUACAGCUUCUUGAUCAAUACCGUGUGUGGCUUCGUCACGGAUUACUUGUUAGGCACGAUAACAAGUAUGUUUUUUUAUCCACAAGUACAGAUUUUGUUUUUUUGGUCAUUUUGUUCUUUUUAUCAAUACCGGUCAUCUUGUUUUUGUUUUUGCUAUACACACCCCUUUCUUUGUCUCUGUGUAUGUGUAUGUGUUUUCGAGAUAUCAUAACAUAAGUUUUCUUUGUUUUUUUUGGUCAUCUUGUUCUUUGUAAGACUUACUAGUAUAUCUUUUUUGACCUGUUCUAUUUUUUUUUUUUUUGCAUUCAUGUUCAACUUGAUUUUUUGUUUGGCAUACAUACUGAUUUUUUUUGGCAUACAUACUGCUUUAUUUUUGUCUCGCUCUAUGUGUAUGUAUCUUUCUGUAUGUGUGUUAUACUGUCAUAUUUAUUAUUUUUUCACACAUACCAUUUUCAUUUGUCUCUGUAUGUGUAUGUGUUUUUGAGAUGAAAACAAUUUUUGAGGAUUUUGUUUUUUCAAACAGUUUUUCAUAUUGCACAGAAGCUACAACAAGAUACUCCCAAAACAUAAUGGAUGAUGAGUAUUUAUGUAUUUUUCUUUUAUAGAAACUAUAAGGAAGACCAUUACAAAAAGAAGAUGGCAGUUUUUUAGCAUGGGGUCGAGUACAAUUUUGGCAUCACAACUGUCGCCGAUAAAAAUUGGUUCUACCUUUUAUCAA